AUGACCUUUUCAAAAGCGGUGUCAUUGCGGACUCCAACCAAACCAAUACUGGAUGGCAGCCAGGAAUCGCGCAAGGAACCGGUUCCAAGAAGCGCGUAUCCUGACUUUAGUCUUCAGAAUAAAGUGUAUGUGGUAACCGGUGGUGGUCGAGGGUUAGGACUCAUGAUUGCAGAAGCCAUGGUACAGGCAGGCGCUGAAGUGCACUGCUUAGACCGAUUGGUCGAGCCAGACCCUGAAUUUACUGCUUCCCAGGAAUGGAGUAAGGAGCAGAAACAUAAGGGGGAGCUACAUUAUCACCACGUCGAUGUACGAGAUAUGGAGAUACUAAACAGGGUCGUGGCCUCUAUCGCAGAGCGACGGCGCCAAAUGAACGGGCUUGUCGCAGCAGCAGGCGUGCAGCAGAUCAAAGAAGCAGUCAACUAUACAUGUGCAGAUGUGACAGAGAUGCUUGAUGUCAAUUAUACUGGAGUCUUCAUGUCGGCGAACGCGGUAGCACGGCAGAUGAUAAGAUUCGAGAGUCCUGGUUCAAUAGUUCUUGUGGCCUCGAUGUCCGGAUUUAUCGCCAACAAGGGUCUUAACUCGCCUGUCUACAACUCAUCCAAGGCAGCGGUUAUUCAGCUGUCUCGCAACUUAGCCAUGGAAUGGGCCAAAUUUGGAAUCCGCGUCAAUUCCCUAUGUCCCGGCCACAUCAUCACACCCAUGGUCCAGAAAAACUUCGAGGAGGUUCCCGGUCUGCAGGAGACAUGGGAGCGGGAAAACAUGCUCAACCGACUGGCCACGCCAGAGGAGUUCACGGGGGCAACGAUCUUCAUGCUUUCGGACGCCAGCAGCUUCAUGACAGGUGGUCAUCUGGUAAUUGAUGGUGGUCACACUGCUUGGUAA